AUGUCGUUGUACCGUUCCCCCUCCGCCGCUCUUCUGAAGAGCCCGUCCAGCGCCGCCUUCGGCGCCCCCUUCGGCAGCAUGUCCGUCGCCGACCUCGGAUCCCUCACUCGUCUUGAGGUCUGAGCCCUUUUCUAGCCUUUUUUUCUUUUUUUUUUCAAGUUCGGCAGUUGAAGUUUUAUACGGCUGAAACUCGAAUUCAGCCUUUUCUUGUUUUUUGCAAAGUUUUGCUAACUUGUUCUGAAGUUUCCAUGAAAUCGAAGAUCAUUUACUGAAACGAUCGGUUAGAUCUUCAAUAUAAAAAAACUGCCUUGAAAUUCCGAUUUCAUUCUUCGUUCUGAAGUUCUUCGGAGAUGAUUCAAUAGAAAUUUCUGAACUCAAAGCCGAAGUGAUCUCAAAUUCUCACACCUUUAUUUCUCAUUAAUUGUUCUGAAGUUCAUCCACGCUUUAUGAUCUUAUUUGAUCACCAUUAGAAAAUCUGGAAAUUACCUGACUUUUUUUGAAGUUUGCAAACGAUUCUCAUGCCUUUCCUUGUCUCUUUUGCUAGCUUUUUCUGAAAUUUUGAAAUUUUCCAAAAGUUCGGAAGUUGAGCAUCGAGUUCUGAGCAGUCCUGCCUCCGAUAUUUAUCACUUUCCUCAAAAAUCCUGUUUAGUUUGAAUUCGAACUUGAAGUUUUUCGAAAAGGUUUGAUAAUUUUCCCUUCAAACCUCCAUUCUUAUAUUUUAUCAUUCCCGAUUGCUACUCAUGAAAGAAUUAAGUUUUUGCGGCUCCCAAGUUGUUUUCAGCUUUGUCUUAAACUGUAAUCCUUGAUUUCGAAGGUUUUUUGAAAUCUAAUCAUUUUUUGAGAUCAUCUCCUUCAUUAUUUUGAAGUUCUUUGUUUCAUUUUUUUACUUUAAAUUUUUUUUUGUCUGAUCUAUCUGUAAGUUAUUUAUUUUUUUCAAGAAUCUUAUAACUAAUUCAAAUUUUCUAAUUUUUUUUCAGUAGUUUUUUUGGUUUUCAAGAGGAUCAGUUGAUGCAUUUUGCUAUUUAAUUUUAUAAAUUUUUUUCCCUUUUUUUCUCUGAUCUUUUUCUCAUUUUUUAAAAACUUCCGAGCUUUUCCUUGGGUUUAAAUAUGUUUUUCCAGUCAAUAGGAUAAACUGUGGAGAUCCUUAGAGUUUUUGAAUUUAUAGAAGGUUUUCUAGUUUCGAAUCUUGAAGCUUGCUUUGCAGUUUUUCUUGAACCUUUUAAACUUCGAACAAUAUUAUCUGUCAAUGAAUCCUUCCUUUUCCUAGAUUCGAAAUCGAUUCCCGUCAGUGAAAUCCUUUUCCUUUCAUUUUAUUGCUUCAAAAAGUUUUCUUAUACUUCUAACUGUUCCUUAGAACUUGGCAGAACGGCAAAAUGAUAAAAAAAAGUAAGGCCCCGUCACGUAAGAAGAGAUUUGCAAACAGUGAUGUUUGCGCGCGGAUCUUCGCGCCUUCCCAUCGCAACUAUUCAAUUUUUUUCGAUUUCAGGACAAGAUCCGCCUUCUCCAGGAGGAUCUCGAGUCGGAACGCGAGCUCCGCAACCGCGUAAGACUUGCAAAGAGUUGCAAAGAAGUAUGAUAAGGAGUUAAGAUCGAACGUGAACGGGCCGACCUGAGCGUCCAAUUGAUCUCGCUGACGGACCGACUCGAGGAUGCCGAAGGCACCACCGACAGCCAAAUCGAGUCCAACCGCAAACGGGAGGGCGAGCUGCUCAAGCUCCGGAAGCUGCUCGAGGAGUCGCAGCUCGAGAGCGAGGACGCCAUGAACGUCCUCCGCAAGAAGCACCAGGAUGCCUGCCUCGACUACCAGGACCAGAUCGAGCAGCUCCAGAAGAAGAACGCCAAGUUCGUCGAUUUUCUCUUGGAGAUGGAUAAGAUUGGGAGAUAGAUGGCCUUUCGGAGAGUCAUUUUUUGAGUUAUGAUAAGAAUUUUAUGAAGGGUAACGCUUGUCGGUUAAACUCUAGACUUGAAAAGAUUCCUUGGUUACUGGAUUUUGAAGCAAUAUCUGAGCUAGUUCCACUGAAAUUCUUCUUUCUUGGAAUCUUUACAUCAACCUAGAGGAAAGCAGUAAGGUUCAGGAUAGCUCAAAUGUAGAAAAUUAUCAGAUGCUAGACUUGCUGGAAAGUCGGGUUUCCCACUAUCUAUAGAAGUUUUGCCACCUUCUUUAGUAGUUUCCUGGCUAACUUGGCUUUAACUUUGAAAGAAGAUUUAUUUUUAGUUUGCCUCUCUGAGAAAACGUCAGGAUAUGAAUCAUAGAUUUUUUGUUAGACAGAUGUUACGGAGGUCUAAUGGAAACCUAGAAAAACGUAUAAAUUUCAUUGAUUUUUGAGUAUAACUUUUCUUCGGUCCCAGUAGCAUUAUCCUACGAUUUUUGCCAUUACUGCCUCUUUUUACGGAAUUUUUUCAUUAGAAAAAAAGCAAUUCGAAAAGUUUUUGGCCAAAACCUCAUUUUCACGGAAUAUCUUUGCUUGACCAAAACCAAUAAAAUGCGAACACUGUUCGGUCCUCCCAGCGUUUCUCUCUGUAGUUCUCCUCCAAGUGCCUGAGCAUGUUUUGGAGGCUGGGGGCGUUUCGGAGGAGUGUGUAACGGAAUCGAACCACGUUUUUCAGUGGGGGAUUCUUCUCCUUUACACCUUAAAGCUCUAGGAUUUUUUUUUCCCUGCUCACCAGAGAAAAGCGAUGCAACACACACACACACGCAGAAAUACAUAAAGAUAGGCAGAAGCGCCUGGCUCGAAAGUGUAAUGCUUCGUCGGGAUCGGCGGCCCGACGAAGAUAUGGGCCUUUUACCUAUCGUUCUCUCCGUCUCUCCUGAUCUCCUUGGAUCUCGAACUCAAACAUACGUACAAACAGAAGCCAAGAGCCUGUUGAGAUCAGACAUCGAUAGUUGAUUUACCUGAUCUCUAUCGAUUGGUACCGGUUUUUUGGGUCAAGAAACGUAAAAAGGACAGGAAGAAGUUAUUCAGAUCACUAGGGUUUCUAGAAGAACCAUGUAGUUUUUAAGGCUAAUGUUCACUUUAUCUUUAAUGAAUUGGCGCUGGUUUUUUGAAUUGGAAGCAUCCGGAAGACGUUGCUUAGGUUUUUAGAGUUUUAAAGGACCAGUAGAUCGUUUUGAACAUCAUGUGUAGUUUCGGAGAUGUUCAGGACAUCAAUAUCACUUGGUCCGUAUCUGAUUUUUUUUUUUGGGUUGAAAACCUAAUAGAGCGUUUUUAAAAGUCGAAGGAAGUUCAUAAGGUAGUUUGGAAGAUUUGAAUGAGCCCGGACGAUUUAACUGGACUUUUAUAGUUGUUCAAGUUAUUGAGAAGAUUUGAAUCAUCCUUAUAAGGUUUCAACGGUGUCUCAUAGUUAUUCUGGUAAUUUAGGAGGUUGGAAUCAUUUUUGUAGAAGUUCAAGAGCUUUUUUGAAGUUCUCCAGGUGGUUAAGAUGGUUCAAGGUGAGACUUUGGUGAUUUUAAUGUCUGUAAAAGUCAUCAGUAAAAUUUGACGGUUUUGAUAAGUAUCCUAAACUAUUUCAUAUGUUACAAUCAUCGCUGAGCAAUUAAGAAAGCCUCUACUUGCUCUGUAGGUCAUUUGGAAAGCUAUAAUUAUUGUAAAGUUGAGAAUUUUACCAGAAACUCUACCGAACUUCGAUAGAUUUUGAGAAACUGAUCGGUGAUUUCAAGUUUUUAUCAGUUUUCCAGGGAUUUAAGCAAUCAAAAUCGAACCAUUCUGAUACUUUCCUCUACUUUUCUCUAGUGAAUGAGAAGCUUAAACCUGGACCGAUCAAUAGUUAUCAAGCCGUGGAAAGCGUGAUAUUCAAGUGUUGGGCAAACAAAUGCGGAUUGUCAAAGAUCAGAGGUCAAUUACUAGCAACGAAAGUCAAUAAACAAUAGUUUUGGGAGAACUUUGAAAGAUCCAGGGUUUUAUCACAACCCAGGGCUAAUUUUGGACGGAAGGGUAUCAUUUAUUUCAAAGACCAUGGAGCAUCAAGAAUGAAAUUGGAAAAAGCUACAAUAUUUAUUUUUGAUUUGAAACGGGAGUCUGAUCUAUCUUCUAUCUUUCUUUUUAUUAAUUUAGGGAUGUCAUAAAGAUCUUCAAAUAAAAAUAAAAUUCAGGAUCGACCGCGAACGCCAACGCAUCCAACACGAAGUCAUCGAGCUGACCGCCACCAUCGACCAGCUCCAGAAGGAUAAGGUGACUUUCCUGUUUCACAUUAAACAUUUAUUGAUCUCUAGUUAGGAACGUUUUCAAUCCCCGUUUGUGAAACGACUGUUUCUUUUUUUGUUUAAAAAGUAGCUCAAAGUGUUUUUUAAUUAUUGUAAACGUUUUUAAAUGAGUAAAGAACCGUUAUAAAAGUCGUUUUCUUCUUGAUAAUUUUUUUUUUGAAAACAAAGAAGAACCUCUGAUUUUAUCACCUAUUUUAAAGUGGGACUGGCGUUGAAAAUAUAGUUUUUAUUUUCAAUUUUUUCAAAAGUGGUACAAGCUGUUUGAAUGUUUCUAUAUGGAUCUUAUCGAAAUUUUCAUAUUUCGCAGAACUUUUUCCAAAUUCCAGUUUCUGGGAUUUUAUAUAUGCAGUCUUAGUAGUAUUGGAGGAAGUUCUAGUUUUGUUUUACCAAAAAUUGUCAAUUUUUCGAAAAUUCAACAAAGUUCCUGUUUCAUGGAACCUUUUCAAUACUACAGUAAUAAAUCUGGGACUCUUCUUUGCUUCUUUUUACACCGUGAGAAAUGUUUGCUUGACGGAAAAGCUGCCCACCAGCGAACAACAUGUGACGCUUUAAACCCGAGUAAAACCGAACGAAUCGAAGACUUUUUUUUCUUUCAGCACACCGCCGAGAAGGCCGCUGAGCGAUUCGAGGCUCAGGCCAACGAGCUCGCCAACAAGGUUGAAUAAAAGGAGAGGCUGAAACGGGAGUCUGAAAUUGGGAUUUUCCAGGUCGAAGACCUCAACAAGCACGUCAACGACCUCGCCCAGCAACGUCAGCGUCUCCAGGCCGAGAACAACGAUCUUCUUAAGGUGAUCCUUCAGGGGCUACUUGAGGGAUUUCGCGGGUAGUUAUGUAGGGACAACUUGAGGGUUUUCUGCGGAUCUAGGUGACUUUUCAAAUCGCAAAGUCUCCGAAAUAUGAAAACUCAAAAAGACGGAUAAAUUUUAUGUUUUUUGUAGACUGACUAGUUCGAAUGAAUUUUCCGCCUUUUUGAUUUUUCAAAUAAAUUUUAGGUCAGUUGUGAUUUUCGGAAGAUUAUGCCUUGCUUUAAAAAAAAUUAAAAUUGAGAAAGAUUUUUCAUUCUUUAUAGAGAUUUCGUUAUUAUAUGUUUUCAGAAAUUUUUUUCACUUCAUGUCAAUUUUUAUUCGGGAAAACCUUGAAAUGUGAAAUAAUUGGGAAACAUUUUUCUCCAAUGUUGCGGUUUAAAAAAAUAGUUUUCAAGUUUUUAUAUUGGUUUUUGGACCUUUUUGGUUGUUUGACUUAAGAAGAACAGAAGUUAACGAAUUUUCUAUGCAUUCAGAGAGAAGAUGAAAAAAGUCACUUUGAAAAUCAGUUGACCGUUUCUGAUCAUUUUUAUUUCAUUUUUGAAAGUUUUAAUCUGAAUUACGUAUGGCCUUCCGACCUUCUCAAACUCCUUAUCGAUCGAUUUUUGUUCAAAAAAGCUCUUUCGAGUGUUUUUCUGACGUCAUCAGUCGAUAAUCCCCGCCCACUCCAAUCUAAAAAGCGGAAAAAAACCAUUUGGCUCGUUGUUUUCGCUCGGAAGAGCCUGAGAGGAUCAUCAUUUGAAGUGAAGGAAAAAAAAAUUGAGAAAGUGAGCGUAAUGCGUAGGCGUUCGUUGGAUGCGGCGAAACUCUCGACGGACCGGCGGAAAAAAAAGAAGAAAGAAAGAAAGAAAGAAGUCGGAAAAAAUGGAGGUUGACGCGGCAGCGGCGGCCGCGCCGACUGAACAUCUAAGCAAACAGUUUCUGCCACCAGCCUUCGAGCACUUUCACCCUCAUAAAUCCGCGCUCGGCCUAAUCUCGUCGAGGAGACUUUUUUUGUACCUUUGGGGGUUUCGAAGGCAAAAUCGACAGAAUUGAGCCGAAAAACGCCACAUUUACUUCUUUUUUUGAGCAUAAAAUGGCUUUUUCGAAACAAUGAAAGCUGGAUUUUUGGUUAGACAGUGAAAUUCCUAUGAGAUGAAAGUAUUUUUAGUUUGAAAAAAAUAUCUUUUCUUUCCUAAAAAAAGUGGAGUUUGGAUAGGGACCGCAAAGCCACGCCCCUUUUCGCGAUAGAAAAAAAGUGGCCUUUUUGGUUUUCAAGUUUCAUUUUGUUGUAGUUGCAAAAAUAUGGGGAACUGGCUAAUAAAAUUUGACACACAUGUACAGAAAAAGCUUCCUCUUUCGUUUAAAAAAAUAUUUCACGCUUUUCUUGAUGCGUUCUCGCGGAAUGUCGUACAAAAAAACGUGAAUGGAACUAAAAAAAUUUUUGUCAUUUUUUUGCUUUUUUUCAUGUGUUUUUUUAGGUCGAACGCACUCUUUCUUUUUUUAAAUAAUGAUUUUUGAUUCAAGUAACGGUAAUUUUAAAACGAUAAAAUAAAAAAAUUCGUCUUUGCCAAAAAAAUUUUAGGGAGUGCCGAAAGUCAUAAUUCAAAAAUAUCGUUAAUAAGCGAAUAUAAUCGAGUUUUUUUGUUUUUUUCAAAAUUUAGACCAUGGGCUUACUUAAAUUUUUCUCCACAGCAUAUGUGCUUGAAAAAGUUGUUUAAUACGCAAAAAUGCUUUUGAAACUAGAGAACAAAAUUAGCGGCGUUUAUCACACAGAAAGCGGUCGAACGCAGGUUUUUUAAACGAUUAUAUGCAUUUAUUAGUGAAAAAUCUUUCAAUUAAAAGAAUAAAAUAAAAAAUUCGUCUUUGCCAAAAAAAUUUACGGGGCCGUUUUAAUGCAGGGAUCGUAAAACGAGGCAAAAAGCACUAAAAAGACAGUUUUUUCGAAGUGAAUUUUCACGGAAAGUUUGAGUAAAGAUUUGCGAACAUAUUCUGAUAAAAAUAGCUAAAUUAUUUCAAGUUUUUAUUUUUGAAAUAGGCAAUCUGUGCUAUUCAAACAGCUCAAGGGUAUGGCGGAUGGAAGCUUCCCUCGCUAGACCUGAGAGCUUGGCGCAGCGCGUGCGCUGCGAUUUUUCAUUUUGAGGUUGCGAGUUCGAUACCCGCAAGCGUCAGUUUUUUUUUUACUGGAAAAUACUGACUUUUUCGGCAAACUAGCAAAUAUUCAUCAUUUUAGCACUCUAUUAUGAUUUGUUACAUCAUAAUAGACCAGUAUCAAAACUUGUUCUAGAAGAAAAAUCGAGAAAAAUGUCAAUAAUGGAUAAUACCAAAAUUUCAGUACUAAAAAAAUGGUGCGCGGCGCGCCACAUUUUCCGUCAUAACUUUUUUCAUCCUCAAUCUUUUUUGAAAAACUAAACGGUUCUGAGUUUUGAAUCGAAACAGCUAUCAAACCAUACAAAGCUCAACACUGAAAAAAAAUUUUUGAAAAUUCGUCUGCGGUCCCUAAGUUUGGAAGAUUAUUGUGAGAUCAGUUCAAGCGGAGAAGACGUUUUUUCCACGUUUACUGUUUUUGAGCGAAGGAUGGUAAUCGGGAUUAAUUUUUGAAACAAAAAAGUAUCGAUUGAUUGAUCGAGGUGGUUUUAACGAUUUUCUCGUUCAGGAAGUCCACGACCAGAAGGUCCAGCUCGACAACCUCCAGCACGUCAAGUACACCCUCGCCCAGCAGCUCGAGGAGGCUCGCCGCCGUCUCGAGGAUGCCGAACGCGUAAAUCAAGGAAAAUCUAUAAGUCGAUAGUUGAUCCAUUGCAGGAGCGCUCGCAGCUCCAGUCACAGCUCCACCAGGUCCAACUCGAGCUCGACUCGGUCCGCACUGCCCUCGAUGAGGAAUCCAUCGCUCGGUGAGUCUUAGAAAUUGAACCGAUGGGUUAUUGAGAGAUAUUGAUUUUUGAAAAGAAGUGGAAAAAAAUAAUAAUUAUAAGAUUUCAAGUUCUAGCGACUUGAUAGAAGCAGACGCUUCUAUCAAGUCUUUAUAGAUUGCUGACAGUUGAUUUUUUUUAGAGUUAUGAGCGAUAUUUUUAGUUGAAAAAAAUAGAAGAAGAACUAGAAGCGUUUUUUUGUGGGUCAGUUCUCAUACGCUUUACAAGUUUUUUUAGCAGAGUUCAAAUAAAAAGUUUUUAGAAUUUUUCAAGGCUGUAUAAUUUCCUGGCAGUUGAUUUUUAGGGCCAUAAGCGAAUUUCAAGUUGCCAAAAGUUUGGGAGAAAAGGUCAGGAAUCGUUGAAUCGUUGACUCGGAAUUUCCAGCGAAUCAUUAAGAAAAUUCUUCAAUUUGAGCUGUUAGAAUCAAUUUUUUUUUCCUUAUUUUGUAAAUUUGAAAGAACCUUUGAGAAUAUUCCAGUAGGAAAAUUAAAUUUAUCAAAAAAUCUUCAUCCAUAAAUUUCUUCAAACUGGACAGAUUACGUUUCAAGAUAUGUAUUUGAUUAUAUGACACUUUCAUGAACUUUUAUUGCACAGAAACUGACGUCCACUCACUUGUACAAAAAAAUCAAAAAUUCAGCAAUAUUAUAAUUGUUCAGCUCUGACGCCGAACACAAGCUCAACCUCGCCAACACCGAAAUCACCCAAUGGAAGAGCAAAUUCGACGCUGAGGUCCUUCAGAAAAUAAAAAUAACAACCAUAAAUUGAACGAUUUGAAGGUCGCCCUCCACCACGAAGAAGUCGAAGACCUGCGCAAGAAGAUGCUCCAGAAGCAGGCCGAGUACGAAGAACAGAUCGAGAUCAUGCUCCAGAAGAUCAGCCAGCUGGAGAAGGCCAAGAGCCGUCUCCAAUCGGAGGUCGAGGUGUUGAUCGUCGACCUCGAGAAGGCCCAGAACACCAUCGCCAUCCUGGAACGCGCCAAGGAGCAACUGGAGCGUCAAGUCACCGAGCUCAAGGUGCGCAUCGACGAGCUCAACGUCGAGCUGGAGGCGGUCCAACGCGAGCUUCGUGUCGCCAACGCCGAGCUCCAGAAGAUGAAGCACCUCUACGAGAAGGCCGUCGAACAGAAGGAGGCCCUCGCCCGCGAGAACAAGAAGCUCCACGGUUCGCCAAAAGGGAGUGUCCUUCUGAACAAUGGGGGUUUUCAGACGAGCUUCACGAGGCUAAGGAGGCUCUUGCUGACGCCAACCGCAAACUGCACGAGCUCGACCUUGAGAAUGCCCGUCUCGCCGGUGAGAUCCGCGAGCUCCAGACCGCUCUCAAGGUAUAGUUUUUGAAGGAAAUGUAGAUGCUCAUUAUGGAGCUUGGAAAUUUUUAUUUUUUGAAGUUUUUUCUCUGAAGCAUGUAGAUGCUCAGGAACUCUGAAAAAUUUUCUUUACAGGGGCUGGAUGUGCCUGGAUUGAUUUGAUUAAAUCUGAAAGCCAUGUUGAAGAUGUGGAAGCUCAGGAAUCCUUUGAAAAAAUUUCUUCAAUUUAGUUUAGUCAAAAAGAUUUAGUCUUUUUCGAGUCCCUAGAUGAUGUCGGUUAUGCUCAAAUUGAUCUGUUUUUAACAAAACCCUAGUUUUUUUUGUUGACUUUAUCCAAUAUUCCUAUUAUUUGGUACAUUGAUUCGUCUCUCAGAAAAAAUCAAAUAUCGAUGGUCUUUUAGGAAGCCGAUGCUCAGCGCCGCGAGGCCGAAAACCGCGCCCAACGCGCCCUCGCCGAGCUCCAGGCUCUCCGCAUCGAGAUGGAACGUCGUCUGCAGGAGAAGGAGGAAGAGCUCGAAUGCCUCCGCAAGAACAUGCAGUUCGAGAUCGACCGCCUCACCGCCGCCUUGGCCGACGCCGAGGCUCGCAUGAAGGCCGAGAUCUCGCGUCUGAAGAAGAAGUACCAGGCCGAGAUCGCCGAGUUGGAGAUGACCGUCGACAACCUCAACCGGUAGGGCUUUUUAAGGUGGUCCUUCUGAAACUCCUCCACGUUUCCAGCGCCAACAUCGAAGCCCAGAAGACGAUCAAGAAGCAGUCGGAGCACCUCAAGGUCCUCCAGGCCUCCUUGGAAGACACCCAGCGACAGCUCCAGCAAGUCCUCGACCAGUACGCCCUUGCUCAGCGCAAGGUCCGUCUUUUUCAGAUUUUGAAUGGAAAAUAGGCUAGGAUUGCAAUUUCAUUCUUCUUGGUAGGCUUUGGACUGAUUAUGGUAGCUAAGAAGUACGGAAAGAGCAGGUUUCUGAGAAUUUUCUUUUCGAGGGUUUUUUAGAAAUAGAUUUGAUUAAGUCGUAUGAGAUCUUCGGGACCGUGUUCGAAGGCUUACGAAAUUAACGGUUUUCCAUAUUCAUUUAUGGUUUUUUUUUCUCGUAGCUUUUUGAAAGCCGUCAAGCUCCGAUUUUUUGAUUUAGCUUUCUUGAUUUUUUCUCGAUUUUGAUGAAUUUGAAGUUUUUAACGAAAUUUGCUGAAUUUUACAGUUCUUUUGCUAUGGUAGGAUUUAUAAUAUGGUAAAAUCAAUUGCGUGUUAGGUUAAGCUUUCGACUUGGUUUCACCAAUCGAGGCGUUUUUAAAUUAGUAAAACCUGGAAAUUUUCAGGCAUUUUUUUUUACUUAUCUGUACUGAAGAAAUUUUUUUAGUAGUCAUGGGAUUCCAAUAUUGUUAACUGGCUUUACGAGCUUCGCCAUACCAAAACUGCUGCAGCUUCUGAACGUCGUUUGACCUUCCAUUUUGCGAUUUCUGGUUUUUUUUUUUUAAUCUCAGUUUUAUCUUGGUCAGAAGCUCCUAAAGUUCUUUCAUCCUAGCAGCCUUGAAAUGAUUCGUUUUCAGGUCGCCGCUCUCGCUGCCGAGCUUGAAGAGGCCAAGACCGCCCUCGACAACGCCAUCCGCGCCCGCAAGCAGGCCGAAAUCGACCUCGAGGAGGCCAACGGCAGGUAGGAAUCCCAGCCAUGUGCUCACCUUCAAGAAACGUUCAGAAUCUCCGACCUGACCUCGAUCAACAACAACCUGACCUCGAUCAAGAACAAGCUGGAGACGGAGCUCUCCACGGCCCAGGCCGACCUCGAUGAGGUCACCAAGGAACUUCACGCGGCCGACGAACGCGCCAAUCGCGCCCUCGCUGACGCGGCUCGCGCCGUCGAGCAGUUGCACGAGGAGCAGGAGCACUCGAUGAAGAUCGACGCCCUGCGCCGCUCGCUCGAGGAGCAAGUCAAGCAGCUCCAGGUCCAGAUCCAGGAGGCCGAGGCCGCCGCCCUCCUCGGAGGCAAGCGCGUCAUUGCCAAGCUCGAGACCCGCAUCCGCGACCUGGAAACGGCUCUCGAUGAGGAGACCCGCAGGUAGGAUAGUCGAAUCGAGUGGAGUAGGCUUUCCUUCUGAAACUGAAUAUUCAAUUUUCUAACGGCUUCAGAGCUGUAGAGAAGUUCUGAAGUUGUUGGUUUUAGCAAUACUGGGCGAUUCUUGAUAGGAUGAAAGUAUAGUUGAGCUUCUAAAGGUUGGAGACGGAAAAAUGUCUUUUUUGAAGAUUUCGGUUUUCAGAAAUCUUGAAAAUCCUUUUUCGGCCAGGCAGAGCUUCUGAAGGUUUCGGAGUGUGAAAAUCUUUUUUUAGAAGACGUUAGAGCUUUAAGAAAGCUUUAGGACCCCUUUUAGGCCAGAUACUACUAUUCUGCCUUAAUUCAAAAAUCACAGAAACUGUUUUAAGAAUAGGACUUGGGGCAGAUUUUGAAGAGGUCUGAGACUUCAAAACUUUUAGGAGAAUGUAACAAAUGAAAAAAAAAACUUUUGCAGACACAAGGAGACUCAGAACGCCCUGAGGAAGAAGGAUCGCCGCAUCAAGGAAGUGCAGCAGCUGGUUGACGAGGAGCACAAGAACUUUGUCAUGGCCCAGGAUACGGCCGACCGUCUCUUGGAGAAGUUGAACAUCCAGAAGAGACAGCUCGCCGAGGCGGUACUUGCAAAUCGAAAGAAGUCUUCCCAAAAAGGAGUUUCCAGGAAUCGGUGACGAUGCAGAACCUGCAGCGAGUGAGGCGGUACCAGCACGAGCUCGAGGACGCCGAAGGCCGAGCCGACCAGGCCGAGUCGAGCCUUCACCUUAUCCGCGCCAAGCACCGCUCAUCCGUCGUCACCGGCAAGUCCGGAUCCAAGGUCAGCAUCGGGAAAUCAUGAGGUCUUCAUAAGGACAGUUUAUUCAUGAACAACUUUUUAGGGUUGUAUUAGGUUUUGUUAAUGAAUCUUUUCGAGAAUGGUGACUUUGACAAUGAAGUUUUAACCAUGAAGAUCUUUUCAGAGAUUUUUGAGGUCGGAAAAAAUUACGGCUAAAUCGUAAAGGCUUUUUGAGAUUAUAGAAGUUUUCGAUAAAAAAAUAGAAAAGUAAUGAAAAAUCACCUCGGUUAUCCCUUCUAAAUAUAAAAAAUCAAUGUUAUAUUGAGAAAACCGUUCAUUUCAUUCUGCAGGUUGAAAUUUUUUGAAGAAUACUUUUUGAUGUACCUAAUGAAGAUUCUGAAAGACAUAUAAUUUCUAUUUUCCGAGAAACAAGGGUUCCAGGUCUGGAAAUGUCCCAGUUUAGCGAUUUUUGCUGGUUGAGAAAAAUAAGAAGUUGUCAUCAUUUAGAGUAGUUAUUUAACGAAUUAGGAUGUAAUUUUUCAAUCUCAACAUGUUUCGAAUCGACUUGAGUGUUUCGAUAUUUUUAGAAUACUAUAUUCUUUUUUUAAGCUCUGGAAUUUUCGGAGAUUAAGGGAUCUUAUAUGGUCUCCUAGUUCCAACUAUCCUUUUGUUUAAACUUUCACAAUCAUUUAUUAUUAUCACCCUAACAUUUUUGCAGAUCUUCGUUACCGAGGAUGACUAUUAA